AUGAGCCGUAAUAAAGUCUUCAAUCCCGAGCGGGAGCCACUGCGCAACCGUCCAGACGUACAACUCAACAAGCAUAAGAUCCACGGUCCAAUCUCCUUCCUCAACCCGACGCAAGCACACUAUGACCACGUACCCAGCGCGAAGUCGAGCACCGCACCCGAAACCUCAGCAGAAGAUGCCACGGAGCAGCCAACGGACACGUCAAAUUUGGGAUAUAAAUGGACGUCUCGCGAUAACCGCAAAGGCAGGCACGCACUUGUGGUCAAGCCAAGCGAGGCAGCGGACGCGAAAUAUGCUGCACCACCGCCCACCACCAGCCUGAAAGAGAUCACGAGGACAAUCGGCCGCAUGCUUUGUUACUACCCGGUCUGGGACGUGAGCUACCUUGUCGCUGUGGUCUUUACAUGGGGUAGCGUCAUCUGGGUCAUCAACGCCUUUUUCGCUUUUCUACCAUUCACGAACCCAAGCACCGAGUUCCCAGGCGAGACGCUUUACGGUGGCGGUAUCACAGCCUUCAUCGGCGCUACAGUCUUCGAGAUCGGCUCCGUACUCCUCAUGCUCGAAGCUGUCAACGAGAACAGGGCAGGCUGCUUCGGCUGGGCAUUGGAGAGGGCAUACGAGGGCUGCGUCGAACAUGGCGUUGGUCGGGUCAAGCCGGACGGUUGUACGCAUCAUCACGGCAACAGAGGUAAUCUCGUUGGUAAGCCGCCUCAGGGCGAAGGUGUUGCGGUGGGCGAGAAGAAUCCGACAGUCUCCACCGACGGCAUGUCACCAGGUGACAAGUCCUGGGUCUGGUGGCCCUCGUGGCACGAGCUCCGUACCCAUUCUUUCCACGAUCUCGGCUUCAUCGCUUGUAGUGCGCAGAUGUUCGGCGCAACCGUCUUCUGGAUCUCGGGGUUCACCGCGCUGCCGGGCAUCUACGACCAUCUGUCUCCGGUGAGCGUGUUGAACGGCGUGUACUGGGUCCCGCAGGUCGUCGGCGGGACAGGCUUCGUCGUGUCGGGAACGCUGUUCAUGAUCGAGACGCAGAAGCAUUGGUGGCAGCCGGCGUUCGGUGUGCUGGGGUGGCAUAUUGGACUGUGGAAUCUGAUCGGUGGCAUUGGAUUCACGUUAUGCCCCAUCUUUGGCUUCGGGACAGCGUAUUGGAGGGAGUACCAGGCGAGCUGCUCUACGUUUUGGGGCUCAUGGGCGUUCUUGAUUGGCAGCGUAAUACAAUUGUAUGAGAGCCUGGUCAAACAUCCUGUGGAAAUGUCUAGAGAGCAGUCAUGA